AUGGGUAGCAGAGGUUUGAAGACGAAAGAGCUCUUCAAGGACGCUGGCAUGCACAGGGAAGCAAGAUUCAUCGUAGCCACCCGCAUCUGCAGGUACCUCCUCAGUCUCAGCUUCCUCUCCGGCAACUUCUCCGCCCUUCUUUGCUUCUUCCUUUCGGGAAUCGCCGCCUUUUUCUUCGCCACAUUCAUCCUGGUCCUCAGCCCCCUCUACACCGCGGCCAUUCUGCUCACACUCCCUUUCUGGGCCCCCUUGCUGGCGACCUUCCUGGCGUUUUGCGCCACCUUUGUGACACACCUCCUGAGCCUGGUCGCCGUCUCCUUGUGUGGGGCCUUCUGGGUCUACGCCAGCUUCAGGAUCCAACGGGGAGCUCCAGCUAUUCCGCAACGAUCGGACGGUCCGGAAGAGCCUCCAAUUUUCGUGCGCGAGAUCCCUCCAGCCUUGUCGAAUUUCGUAGAGAUGCUCGAGUGCCCUAUCACAAGGCAAAUCAUGCGCGACCCGGUGAUCGCAACCGACGGCUUCACCUACGAGCGCUCGGCGAUCGCCGCGUGGCUCGCCCGCAGCCCCACGUCGCCCAUGACCAACCUGCGGCUGCCCGGUGAUUGGUGGCAGUUGAUUCCAAAUCGGACGGUGAAGGCGCAAGUUGCGGAGUGGCGGGAGAUGCAGCAAACACGGGCGAAGGAGGAGAGGACGUCGGACUUUGCGUUGCGGCGUUUGGUCAAGAAGGUUGCGUCGGCUGCUGGGAGCGUCGACACGUUGCUCUUCGGCCGUUUGGAGGAGCUUUGA